AUGGCACCGAAAUUGAAAAUGACCGCCAAAGGUGGCAAGGCCGGGCCCUUAGAGCAGGAGUCAGACGAGGAGAGGCCACUCAUGUUCCACAUGGUCAACGAGAAGCACGGCGAGUUCUGUCAAUGGUACCCUUCUACAUUCUUUGUCUACAAGCACGAGAUACUCGAGGCGGUUGGCCAAGACCGCAAGGAAGGCGACGGGUACGGCACAGUCUGGUUCUCCAGCGCCGAGCAGUUCAUGAUGUACUGCAAGGCAACGAGGUUCGGUGACCAUGAGACCCAACGGCGCGUCAUGGAGACCAAAGACCCCAAGGAGCAGAAGCGGCUUGGCAGGCAGACAGCCGGCUUCACGCAUGCAGGCUGGGACGAGGUCAAGAGCGCCGUGGUCGAGCUCGCCAACACGGCCAAGUUUGGUCAAAACGCAGGCCUACGGACGAAGCUGCUGGCCACUGGGGAUCGACUGCUCUGCGAGGCCGCGCCCGAUGAUCGUGUAUGGGGCAUUGGAUUCGACGCCAAACGAGCGAUGGCGAUGCAGGAUCGCUGGGGCGAGAAUCGGCUGGGGAAAGCUCUGAUGGCCGUGCGGGAGAAGCUGAGAAAAGAGGUCGUUGACUAG